AUGUUCUCUACAUUAUUAGUCCUGCUCUCAGUGGCAACUUUCAGUUGCGCAUUGCACUUGCCAGUUGAUCCAAAAUUUCUAUUGAAAAAAGGACCAAUAAACAAUCGCGUUAUUGGAGGAGUGGACACACCGAUAGAGACAAGACCUUGGCAAGUGUCGCUGCAAAGACAAGGAUCGCAUUAUUGUGGUGGCGUCAUUUACAGCAAAAACAUCAUAAUAACAGCCGCCCACUGUGUUUGCGAUGUCAAUGCCAAUAUUCUUGAUCCCAAGAUUUUUGAUGUGCGCGUUGGCAGUAGUACGCGUAACAAUGGUGGAUCGGUUAUUAAAGUUGCCAAAACAAUCGCACACGAUCGUUUUACACUUGAUCCAAUAAUUGAAUAUGACAUCGCACUAAUUUUGCUAAGUUCGCCCCUUGAAAUGGGUUCAACUGUCAAGGCCAUUCCACUGGCAGAGUCAGUUCCUAAUGACGGAGCUUCAGCUAUAGUCUCUGGAUGGGGAUGGACGGCAACGGAAACAAAUCCUCUCUAUCUGCAAAGUGGCAACGUGACAAUUUUAAGUCGCGAGAAGUGCGCCAGGGUUCAUGGUGACGAAAGUAUUACAAAAGUAACAGUCUGUGCUUCUUCCCCUGGUUCCUGUCAUGGUGAUUCUGGUGGCCCAUUGGUUUCCAAUGAUAAGCUUGUAGGCAUUGUUUCUUAUGGAGUCGGGGGUUGUUUUCCACCCAAUAUUCCCGGUGUAUAUGCAAAUGUUGUGGAGCUUCGCAAAUGGAUUGAAAAGGAAGCCACAAAACUAGGCUCAACUUGAGACAUUUGUGAAUUAAAUUGCAAAAAUAAACGUAAUAAU